AUGGAGAAGCCCCGGACGCGCCGCCACCCGGGGGCCACCGCCGUCACCGAGCUGCCGCCGCUGCCGCCGCCGCCGCUGGACUGGCCGCCUGCACUGAGAGACCUUUCCUCUUCGGGCAGGGGUCUCGGGAAGGAGCUUAAUUCCGUCGCUUCUGAGCUGUCUGCACGGCAGGAGGAGAGUGAACAUUCUCAUAAACAUUUAAUUGAACUCCGCCGGGAAUUUAAGAAAAAUGUACCUGAGGAAAUCAGAGAGAUGGUGGCUCCUGUGUUAAAAAGCUUCCAGGCUGAGGUGGUGGCCCUUAGUAAGAGAAGUCAGGAGGCGGAGGCCGCUUUUCUGAGUGUUUACAAGCAGUUAAUUGAAGCACCAGACCCCGUGCCUGUGUGUGAGGUGCCGCGCGGCCCAGACGACAGACUGCAGUCCCCCAGCUUCGACCCCAGUGGGCAGCCCCGGCGAGACCUCCACGCAUCGUGGAAGAGGCACCCGGAGCUCCUCGGACCCAAAGAGCAGAGAGAGGGGACGUCUCCUGCCGGACCCACGCUGACCGAGGGGAGCCGCCUCCCGGGCAUUCCCGGCAAAGCCCUCCUGACAGAGACCUUGCUGCAGAGAAAUGAGGCGGAGAAACAAAAGGGCCUUCAAGAAGUACAGAUCACUCUGGCAGCCAGGCUGGGGGAGGCGGAGGAGAAAAUCCGCGUCCUGCACGCAGCGUUAAAGGCCACCCAGACAGAGCUCCUAGAGCUGCGGCGGAAGUACGACGAGGAGGCAGCGUCCAAGGCAGAUGAAGUCGGCCUGAUCAUGACCAACCUGGAGAAGGCAAAUCAGCGAGCCGAGGCUGCCCAGCGCGAGGUGGAGAGUCUCCGGGAACAGCUGGCCUCGGUCAACAGCUCCAUCCGCCUGGCCUGCUGCUCUCCCCAGGGCCCUGGUGGGGAUAAGGUGAACUUCACGCUGUGCUCGGGCCCUCGGCUGGAGGCCGCGCUGGCCUCCAAAGACAGGGAGAUCGUGCGGCUGCUCAAGGACGUGCAGCACCUGCAGAACUCGCUGCAGGAGCUGGAGGAGGCCUCUGCCAACCAGAUCGCCGACCUGGAGCGGCAGCUCACGGCCAAGUCUGAGGCCAUUGAGAAGCUGGAAGAGAAGCUCCAGGCACAGUCUGACUAUGAAGAAAUUAAGACAGAACUGAGCAUCCUGAAAGCCAUGAAGCUGGCCUCCAGCACCUGCAGCCUCCCCCAGGGCCUGGCCAAGCCUGACGACUCGCUGCUCAUAGCAAAGGAGGCCUUCUUCCCCGCGCAGAAAUUCCUCCUGGAAAAGCCCAGUCUUUUGGCCAGCCCUGAGGAGGAGCCUUCGGAGGACGACUCCAUCAAGGACCCGCUGGGCACAGAGCCGGCCUUCGCCUCCCCCCAGCAGCUCCCGCCUCCACCGGGGCCUGAAGACCCCCUGUCCCCCGGCCCUGGGCAGCCCCUGCUAGGCCCCGGCCUGGGGCCCGAUGGCCCUCGGACUUUCUCCACGUCCCCCUUCCCUGGCUUGGCCUCGGGGGAGAGACUGGCCGGGGACCCGCUGUUGUCCAAGCACAUGAUGCCCCCGGCCGCCUUCAAGGGGGAGGCGGGCGGCCUGCUGGUGUUCCCGCCAGCCUUCUACGGCGCCAAGCCCCCCACGGCCCCUGCCACCCCAGCCCCUGAGCCGCCCGGGGGCCCGGAGCCGGCGGACGGGGGCGGCUCGGCGGGGCCGGAGGAGGAGCAGCUGGACACGGCCGAGAUCGCCUUCCAGGUGAAGGAGCAGCUGCUCAAGCACAACAUCGGGCAGCGCGUGUUUGGCCACUACGUGCUGGGGCUGUCGCAGGGCUCGGUCAGCGAGAUCCUGGCCCGGCCCAAGCCCUGGCGCAAGCUCACGGUGAAGGGCAAGGAGCCCUUCCUCAAGAUGAAGCAGUUCCUGUCUGACGAGCAGAACGUGCUGGCCCUGAGGACCAUCCAGGUGCGGCAGCGAGGCAGCAUCACCCCGCGCAUCCGCACGCCUGAGACGGGCUCAGACGAUGCCAUCAAGAGCAUCUUGGAGCAGGCCAAGAAGGAGAUUGAGUCACAGAAGGGGGGUGAGCCCAAGAACCCGGCAGCCCUGCCGAGCGUCCCCAAUGGCACGGCCGCCACCAGCACCUCAGAAGACGCCAUCAAGAACAUCCUGGAGCAGGCGCGCCGUGAGAUGCAGGCCCAGCAGCAGGCCCUGCUGGAGAUGGAGGCGGCCCCCCGGGGCCGCCCCGGGCCUCCCUCGCCCCCAGAGCGGCCCUCGCUGGGCGCCGUGAGCCAGAACGGGGCCCCAGCCUACGUGAAGCAGGAGGACAGCGGGGCGGGGGGCCCCAGCGGCAGCGCGGGGCCGGCGGCACUCCCGGUGCUGUCCCCGGCCGCCUUCGUGCAGAGUAUCAUCCGCAAGGUCAAGUCCGAGAUCGGGGACGCCGGCUACUUCGACCAGCACUGGGCCUCGGACCGCGGCCUGCUCAGCCGCCCCUACGCCUCCGUCUCACCCUCGCUCUCCUCCUCCUCCUCCAGCUACUCCGGCCAGCCCAACGGGCGGGCCUGGCCCCGUGGGGACGAGGGGACCGCGUCCCCUGAGGACGAGGCUACGGCGGGCGAGGACGAGCCCCCCAGGGUGGGCGAGCUCAAGGCCGAGGGGGCCGUGGCCGAGGCGGGCGGCGGCGGGCGGCUGGCCUACUACCCGGCCUACGUGCCGCGCACCCUCAAGCCCACCGUGCCGCCCUUGACCCCUGAGCAGUACGAGCUGUACAUGUACCGCGAGGUGGACACGCUGGAGCUGACGCGCCAGGUCAAGGAGAAGCUGGCCAAGAACGGCAUCUGCCAGCGGAUCUUCGGGGAGAAGGUGCUGGGCCUGUCGCAGGGCAGCGUGAGUGACAUGCUGUCACGGCCCAAGCCGUGGAGCAAGCUGACGCAGAAGGGGCGUGAGCCCUUCAUCCGCAUGCAGCUGUGGCUCUCGGACCAGCUGGGCCAGGCCGUGGGCCAGCAGCCCAGCGCCUCCCAGGCCAGCCCCACGGAGCCACGGUCCUCCCCAUCACCACCUCCUAGUCCUGCUGAGCCUGAGAAGAGCUCCCAGGAGCCCUUGAGCCUGUCGCUGGAGAGCAGCAAGGAGAACCAGCAGCCAGAGGGCCGCGCCGGCGCCUCCGCCGGCGGGAAGAUGUACUCGGGCAGCCAGGCCACAGGCGGCAUCCAGGAGAUGGUGGCCAUGUCCCCCGAGCUGGACACCUACUCCAUCACCAAGAGGGUCAAGGAGGUCCUCACAGACAACAACCUAGGGCAGCGGCUGUUUGGGGAGAGCAUCCUAGGCCUAACACAGGGCUCCGUGUCUGACCUGCUGUCGCGGCCCAAACCCUGGCACAAGCUGAGCCUGAAGGGGCGGGAGCCCUUUGUCCGUAUGCAGCUGUGGCUCAGUGACCCCCACAACGUGGAGAAGCUGAGGGACAUGAAGAAGCUGGAGAAGAAAGCCUACCUGAAGCGCCGCUACGGCCUGGUCAGCACGGGCUCGGACAGCGAGUCACCCGCCGCGCGCUCCGAGUGCCCCAGCCCCUGCCUGCAGCCCCAGGACGUGAGCCUGCUGCAGAUGAAGAAGCCGCGCGUGGUGCUGGCGCCCGAGGAGAAGGAGGCGCUGCGCAGGGCCUACCAGCUGGAGCCCUACCCCUCGCAGCAGACCAUUGAGCUGCUCUCCUUCCAGCUCAACCUCAAGACCAACACCGUCAUCAACUGGUUCCACAACUACAGGUCCCGGAUGCGCCGGGAGAUGUUGGUGGAGGGGACCCAAGACGAGCCAGACCUCGACCCAAGCGGGGGUCCCAGCAUCCUCCCGCCAGGCCACUCCCACCCAGACCCCACCCCACAGAGCCCCGACUCUGAGGCCGAGGACCAGAAGCCAACCGUGAAGGAACUGGAGCUUCCAGAGGGCUCCGAGGAGAGCGUCACAGCCCUGGGAAGCCAGGACAAGGUGCACGUGGUGAUCAAGCAGGAACAAGUGGAGGAGGAUGUGGAGGGAGGGACGAGCCACCCACUCCUGGAUGCAGGGGAGCCGGACCACGACCAGUGUGCCCCCCGAGAGGAGCGUUCCGGUCCCCCGGGGAAUGACGGACUCCCAGGAGUGGCCUCAGGGCCCCUCCUUCCAGGUGCCACCAUUCCAGACUGCCCCUCACAACACCCGCCGCGGGAGGCCGAGGCUGGGGAGCGGCCACACUCAGACCCUCUGAGCUUUAAGUCAGCCUCAGAGUCCUCACGCUGCAGCCUGGAGGUGUCGCUGAACUCGCCCUCGGCUGCCUCCUCGCCAGGCCUUAUGAUGUCUGUGUCGCCUGUCCCCUCCUCCUCAGCCCCCAUCUCCCCAUCCCCACCUGGCGCCCCCCCCGCCAAAGUGCCGAGUGCCAGCCCCACUGCCGACACAACUGGAGCCUUGCACCCCAGCGCCAAGGUGAACCCCAAUCUGCAGCGGCGGCAUGAGAAGAUGGCCAACCUGAACAGCAUCAUCUACCGGCUGGAGAGGGCCGCCAAUCGGGAGGAGGCCCUGGAGUGGGAGUUCUGAAGGCAGGGCAGGGGGCGGGACGCCUUGGGGGCCAGCUUCCUUCUCUCCCUCCCACACCCGCUCAGGGCAGGGUGGGGAGGGACAGACUCAGCCAUCCAUGUGUGGACAGCGAUGUUAGGCCGUUUACGUUUUUUGUUGUAUCCUGGUUCCAUGAAGUUGGCAGUGAGCCAGCGGGGCAAAUGCCAUUGCCACCUCUUCUCAGCACCAUCGGCCCAGGAGGCACCGGGGGUCCCACCCCUCUUCUCCCCCUCACCCCUCCGAGGAGACAGAAGCAAAAUGGCACCACGUUUUCACCUGAAAACUCCAAACUCUUUUAGAAAAAUAAAUAAAUAUUUAUAGACCUCUUUUAGAUAUUUUAAUAAAGGAUCCUUUGGAAUUUAUUCCCAGCCGAUGCUGUUUUGAUAUUACACAGAGUUAUAAAAUCAGGAUGCUGUCACAACUGUUGCGAAGUCUACACUGAAGUUGUGUCGCUUUUGCCACAAGAUGAGAUUAAAAGAAGACAAUUGCUCAAAGCCAUCACAAGACACUAAGAGACUGACCAGCGCCUUGCUAGCCUUGGCACUGCGAUUCCUCCCCACACCUGUCUGUGAGACACAGCGCGAUGCUGCUGCCCUGCCGGAAAGUCCGAAAGACUCUAAACGAAGGCCACAGAGCCGUCGGGGAUGUGCUCCUGCAGCCCUGGUGACACAGAGCGUCCCGUGCUGACGCAGACACUGUAAACGUCCCGUCCAAGACGCGGCGCGGCACGAGAACUGCUUACACUCCGAGGGAGCGCCCGCGGCCACGGCCGUCUGAAGACGAGAAGUGUUUCCAGACCUUUCAGAAAGCUGGCAUGGGGCCAGGCGCUCGGAGCGUGGUCCCAGAGCCACAGUGACCCCAUGCCCCAGCCUGGGACGCGUCCCCCUGGUCUGACGUAGGCACUCCCAAGCGAGACUGUGGCCGCCCCUCGCCUGCUCCGUGCUUUCAGAAAAUGACGGUGUUGGUCACUCCACGAGCACUGAGGCCUAGCAACCAGCACCAAAACGGCGACGACGCUUCGAAGUCGAGAGCCCGCGUGCCCCUCCCCCGCCUUCCCUCCCCAGCUGCCCCUGGGGCCGGGCCAGGUAGCAGCAGCACGCUCCGUCCCGGGCUCUGAGCCACCCCUGCCUUCCACUGCAUGACCCGCCGGGCAGCCGGGACCGGACCCCCUCCCGGCAGGAGGAGCCCCUCCCCAGCAGCCCGGUCUCCGGUUUGGAUGGAGCGGCCGCCCCAUUGGCUGCCGAGUCUGUCACUCUCUUGCUUUUGUUUCUUUUCCUUUCUCAAACUCUGUGGGAAGACUGACUUGGGCGACUCCCAAGAAUAUCCAUGGAGAGGUGACCGUGACCGGUGCCAGUGCAGUGCCGGGGGGCUGGGGGGAGCCGAUGGAGGCGAGGUGGCCGGAGGGGGACAGGUGAGGACCGUUGCAGAAGUUCCAGCUCACACACCCAGCCCAGGCCGCAGUCUCCAUGCCGAACAGCCGGCAAGAACCCUGCAGGAGAACCUCCUCCCUUCACCCAGGCUAUGCAUUGAAGAGUUUUCCACUGUCUACAUUUUUAUCCAGAUGAAGGUAUUUUUAUAUUUUGACAAUAGAAAACAGUGGCCAAUUCUCGGAGUAGUCAAAUCUGGAACAAGUGAGACACCACCGCCCUGGUAACAAUUAGGACACGCGUGGGGGGACCAGCACUUGUUAUUCCCAAAACCAACACGACGUCGCGAUCCAGGCCGGCCACGCUGACUCGGGUUCCGCGAGCCCUGCGUCUGGCCUCAGUGGGACGGGAUUUGCCGCAGCACUCGGCCCGGGCUCCGGAACACGCAGAUCCUGUUCUGCCUGAAGCUCACGGACCCCCAAAGAGCCUGGUCAGGUUCUCGUCCCGAAACAGUCAGAGAGCAAAAACCCACACCAAACCAUUUCUAUGAGAG